AUCAAGAUCUUUCAAGUUCUCUGCGCAAAGAAACUGUAUCGGUGUGUAAGGAUUUUUUAAAAUUUUGAUGAAUCAUGAGUUACUGGUUCAAAACAUUAUUGCUAGUAGUUGUCCUUACUGCGUUGGGAAAGUCAGAAAGUGUAGCGGAUGACAAUGCAGAAGAUCUCCAAACAGUUGAAGGUUCAGCUGGACGGGAUUCAACGGAAUGUGAACAGUUGCAGGAUCGUCUCGAGGCCUUGGAAUCGGCCGUGAGGAGCAUCGUGUCAGCCAUGGCAAGUCAGAAGAACGAAAUAUUCGCACCGAUAACUGCAAUUCUGGAGCAGAAUGCAGCCCUGCGUGUUAUUCUAUCGUCACCUCCAGUAUCCCAAGGUGUUCCUGAAAAUUCAACAAUUCACCCUGAUUUGAGCUAUAACUCGACUAUCAUCACAAACAAUGAAACCGACCAAGCAGAUAAACUUAUUGCAGUUAACCAACUAAAGGGAGCAGUCAAAUGCUCUUUGGCACAGUUACUAGACAUCAAAGUUUCCGAAAAAGAGCCCAAUCCUUCUGGGAAUAUUAACGCCUCGUUGAGCGAAAACAAAUCGAUUGAAAUAGAAUGGACCCCACUAUCCCCCGAAUGUAUCGCAUACAAUUCCGGUGUCUGGAUCCGAGUCUUUGAAUCCGACACUCCUUCGUCAGGAGCGACGUACUUGUCCAUUCCAAGGAAAUGCUUGACCGAGAAAUACAACUCCACCUUCUCUUUUGCCAUACACUCGCCCACGAAAUCUGACGACCCGUCGAAGGAAAGCGAUUGCCACUUCGAGCUAACGAAUGUUCUGAUCGAGUGUCGGUCUUACAAAGUUGAACUUAUUCCGAAUUAUGAGUCACUCAAGGGGAGACCUCUAACCACCGAAAUUGUUACUCCUUCCACAAUUCAGAAUGGCAACUCGAUCGAUAUGAAAUCGCUGUUGAGCGUUGCAACCAGUUCGAGUUCGUUGACUUUAGAUUGGAAAGACAAUUCCGGUUGCGCACCUCAACUGACGUCCUUUUAUUUGAAGACUAUCCCUGAUGGGGGAGUAAAUGCUACAGAUGAGACACACGGCUCCCUGAAGUUUCCCCGCACUUGUCUGAAACAACAGAGGGAUGAAAAUAAUCUGUUCUCACUUACUUUAUCUGCCGAUCACGCAUGCCCGGUGAAAUGGACGUCGUUGGACGUUUGUAGGAAGUACGCAUUUGAAAUGAAAUCCGAGUAUUCCAAGACUUGGAGCAGCGCGCCACAUUUUUGGGAGACAUUCACAUCCCAAGAAGGACGUAGUCCGAGAGAUAUUUUCUAUGAGUUUUCCAAUUGCCCGAAUUCUGGGACGUUUUAUUGCACGACACCUGAUAAUGAGUAUUAUCGUCGCAGUUACGGCAGAUAUUACCAGUCUAAUUGCAUGGAUAUAAAUCAAAUUUGCGAUGGGCAAAACCACUGCGCUUCUGGUUUCGACGAGCAAAACUGUGAUGAUAAUUGCAUCACUGGAUUCAAGUGUGGUCGACAAUGCAUCUCCAAUGAAAAAGUGUGCGAUGGUGACUACGACUGUGUUGACGGUUCUGAUGAACACUAUGAUUGCGAAUACGCCAAAUCGUGCAGUGAGCUAAAGGACACUUCCGGAACUGUCUCUUCUUUGACUAUCGACUCGGAUAACGUAUUUGAAAAUGCCGUCCAAAAAACUAUUGUCGCAAUAUCGGUACAAAGCGACCAAAUCAUUUGGCUAUCUUUCAGUAAGUUCAAUACUAAAGAAAACCAUUUAGUGAAGGUUUACGAUGGGCCCUAUUCGACUAGUCCUCUUCUUUUGUCACAAAGCGGAUCUACCAAACCUUCCUCCGUACGAUCCUCAUCAAAUAAUCUGUAUGUGGAAUUUCCUUCUUAUUACGACAGAAGUUACGGCGUUAGCGUGUCCUACACAAGUAUGGACAACAUGGAGAAACCGUUCGUUCCAGGGUGAGGAGGUUAUGUCUACGGGGAUGGUUCGGUAUCCUCGCCGAAUUAUUUGUCUGAUAAUGAUAACGAUCUUGACGAAUGUUUCUGGUUCAUGGAAGCUCGGCAAAGUGAUGGAGUCAUAUUUGUAAAGAGAAAUAUUGCCCCGACCAUCGGAUUUCUUUCUUCUACGCUUCCUUCUGAGCUUCCCAUCAUGACUGUCUACGACGGUUGGAACACAUCAGGUCAAGUGCUGUACGAUGAACUGGAUUCUUCUAAACCAGCUCAAGCCGAACGUGUAGUCUAUUCCGUCAGUCAGAAAAUGAUGAUCCGCUUUACUCGGCCGAAAGUAUCUUGCAGCAGUAGGAACUGGAGCGUGACUACUAUACCUAAGGUUUCCACCACCACAAACUUAGUCGGGAUGAUAGGAACAAUAAAAAGCCCCAACUUUCCAGCAGCGUAUCCGGAUUCCUCCGAUUACCGUUGGAAAAUCGUCACGGAGCCAGGCACAAUCAUUCGGCUCCUAUUUGCGUUGUUUGAAACGCAGGAGAAAUUUGAUUAUGUUUUCGUGUUCGAUGGACCCACGGUUAACUCCCCACUGCUCCUCGAGAAAUCUGGAUUAUCGUUGAUACCUUUCGCCGUCAACUCUUCCUCAAACGAAAUGCUCGUUAGAUUUA